GUUUCAUUUCACUGUUCCUCGCGGUGCAAAGGGGGAAACAAGGCUCUUAAAAACAUCCAACUGUUCUGCUCUCUUUUUCCAGACUCAGGUGCCCCAGCACAUGACUUUAGAAAUACUUAAGCAGGUCUCCAUGCCCUCCCGUUCCUAGCGGCAUACCGGUGCGACAAUGACCAUCCAUGUAGAGGGGCUUGUGGCUAUCGCGAUCUUCUAUCUACUGAUCCUGGUUGUGGGCAUCUGGGCGGCAUGGAAGAACAAACACUCCGGGGAGGCGGAGGGGACCAACCGCAGCGAGACCAUCAUGGUGGGAGGGAGAGACAUCGGAUUAUUUGUCGGUGGAUUUACCAUGACAGCGACCUGGGUUGGAGGAGGAUAUAUAAAUGGCACAGCUGAGUAUGUGUAUCUACCUGAUUAUGGCUUGGCUUGGGCACAAGCUCCCUUUGGAUAUGCCCUCAGCCUUGUUGUGGGUGGCCUUUUUUUCGCUAAGCCCAUGCGCUCAAGAGGUUACGUCACCAUGUUGGACCCCUUCCAGCAGAUAUAUGGGAAACGUAUGGGUGGACUCCUAUUCAUACCUGCACUCAUGGGAGAGAUCUUCUGGUCUGCUGCCAUCUUAUCUGCCCUUGGUGCCACUCUGAGUGUCAUCGUGGACAUCAACAUCAAGAUGUCAGUGGUUAUCUCAGCUCUCAUUGCAAUCUUUUACACCCUGGUUGGAGGACUUUACUCUGUGGCCUACACUGACGUGGUGCAGCUCAUCUGUAUCUUUAUCGGCCUGUGGAUCAGUGUCCCUUUUGCUUUGACCAACCCCGCGGUGUCAGACAUCACCGUUACUGCUGUGAAGCAGGUGUACCAGUCUCCUUGGAGAGGCAGCAUCGGCAAGAACGACACCUGGGUCUGGAUCGACAACUUCUGCCUCCUGAUGCUUGGAGGAAUACCCUGGCAGGUGUAUUUCCAGAGGGUCCUGUCGGCCUCCUCGGCCACCUACGCCCAGGUCCUCUCCUUCCUGGCUGCUUUUGGGUGCCUGGUCAUGGCCGUGCCCUCCGUUCUCAUCGGGGCCAUUGGGGCCUCCACAGACUGGAACCAGACGAGUUAUGGGGCCAUCGCUCCUAAAGAUAGGGACCAAGCCGACAUGAUUCUACCCAUCGUGCUCCAACAUCUUUGCCCUCCAUUCGUCUCUUUCUUCGGACUUGGUGCAGUGUCUGCAGCUGUCAUGUCCUCCGCAGACUCAUCCAUCCUUUCAGCAAGCUCCAUGUUUGCCAGGAACAUCUACCAACUUGCUUUCAGACAGUCCGCGUCUGACCGUGAGAUCGUAUGGGUGAUGCGCAUUACUAUCUUUGUAUUCGGUGGCCUUGCUACAUUGAUGGCGCUUGUGACCGGGACAGUUUACGGGCUGUGGUAUCUGAGCUCAGAUCUGGUUUACGUCAUCAUCUUCCCCCAGCUGAUCAGCGUGCUCUUUGUCAAAGGCACCAACACGUACGGCUCUGUGGCUGCCUACCUGUUCGGCAUGCUGCUGCGUAUAGGUGGAGGUGAGCCCUACCUGCGGAUGCCCCCUUUCAUUUAUUACCCUGGAUGGACCACUGAGCAGAGGAUACACCACAUGACUGGAGAGAUGGAGGAUGUGGUUGUCCAGAAGUUCCCCUUUAAGACCGUCUCCAUGUUGGCCUCCUUUCUGGGUAACGUUGCUGUCUCCUACCUGGCAAAGUACCUGUUUGAGAGCGGCAAGAUUUCACACAAAUACGACUUCCUGGAUGCAGUGGUGUCCAAGCACAGUGGAGAGAUUAUGGAUAAGACGACGCUUGUGACCCGUGGAAACAACAUUGGGCUGUCGGAGAUGGCGCCCGUCAAACCGCGGCUGAGCGUGACCUUGGCGGCGGCCUUCAAACGGCGAGACACACUGGCGGCUGAAACAGUGGAGGAGGAGGAUGAGUCCAGCCCUGAUUCCUCCCACCAUGAUGAAUAAUGACAAUCUCAGGAAGAAAAGAAAAAAACUUGAGAGUGAACUGUCAGAGAACUGGUUACUCUGUCUGACCUUCCAAAAAGAAAAAGGACGAGCAAACAUCCGCCCUUGGGACUACAGAAGUACCACAGCCAGCAUGUGGUGAUACCAGCCACA